AUGGAUUUCGCAUCUUUGAUGGCCAAGGAAAUUUCCAAGGCGAAAAGUCCUGCCGUGCCCAGUUCAUCAUCAGCAUCAGAACAAAAAGAACUCACCAAGGCUCCGGAGAAGAAAUACGUCCGUCGUGCGGAUCUAGAAGCUGCCAGAAUCGCCGCCUACAGUGAGGAACAGGAGCGGUUACAGCGCGAGCGAGAGGAGCGCCAGGCCCAGAAACGCAAGCACGAGGAGGAAGAGGCAGAUCGGCGGCGUGAGCGGGAGGAGAAGAAACGACGACUAGCCGAGGAAUCAAAGAAGAAACGAGAGGAGGAAGAGUUCGCAAAGGAACGCGAGCGGCGGAAGAGACUUGGUUUGCCUGAACUACCGCCCCCCGGCGACAAGGAUGGAAAGACCUCGGGCGAGGAGGAGGAUAUCCCCGACGAGGAACUCAAUCAGAAGCUCCGCGACCUCAAGGAGCCUAUCUGCUACUUCGGAGAGAACCAUGUCGCCCGUCUGCGCCGAUACCGUCGUCUUGUGCGUCGUUCGCAGACUCCCCAGCCGAAGAUUACGAACGGGCCUAUCCCCACGACUCUGGAGCCUGUACCGGAGGUGGAUAUGAAGAUUCCCACGACUCUGCCUAAAGACGCAGAGGGUCGCAAGUUUCUGUUUCGACAACUGGGCUCCUACUUCAACAUGGUGCUGUCUGAGUGGGAGUAUGCCCUGUCGAAACGCGAUAUAUCGGUAAAGCAGAGCCUCACCGGUCGCCAGGCCUACAAUGCAAUGGUCCAAUCGAGGGAGAACCUCAAACCGCUGUUUCGCAAGUUCGAAAAGAACGAUUUGGACGACAAUCUAUUGGAACCCAUCAUGGAGAUCGUACACAAGGCCCAGUUGCGGAGAUACGUGGAUGCUAACGACGCUUAUCUACGCGUGAGCAUUGGAAAGGCAGCCUGGCCUAUUGGCGUGACCAUGGUUGGUAUUCACGAGCGCUCGGCUCGAGAGAAGUUGCACCAGAGCGAUCAGCAGGCGCAUAUUCUGAGCGAUGAAAUGACUCGCAAGUUCCUGCAAAGUAUCAAGCGUUGUCUGAGCUAUGCUCAGACUCGGUGGCCUCCAGAUGAUCAGCUGCAAAUCAUGGGCUGA